CAAUAAUAAUUUGCCUAUUUGGCAAUAAACUGAAGUUGUAAAGGGGAGAGACGACUCAGAGCAGAGUCCGAGAGUCGCUUCUUCUCCGGAGAAACAGAUUUGCAGAUCGUGUGUUUCCAUUUGAGAGAAGAGUCUUGACGACUUAAGGUGUGUCAUGGCUACGGACAACACCCCGCCGCCGCCGGAGAGGAAUGAAAAUUCAAAGAAGGAGGAGAAGAAAGCAGAAGAUGAACUAGGAGAGUCAAUCCGGACGAUCCUUAAAAUCGUGGAAACUUUGCAUAGUCGUUUUCCAACUCCACCAGCGGAGAAAAGGAUGAAUAGGUCCAACACUGCCCCUGUCAACCCUAGUGCUGCUAGCCAGGCCUCGGGUCUGGAAUCAUCAAAAAGUUUGAAAACUAGUUUAAACCAGGGAGAAUCCGAGACUGCGAUUCCUAAGCUGAAACGUAAUCUCCGUCUCCUAAAGGAUGACGUGCGUAAGCUACAAGAACUCAACGAAGAGGUUGCAGUCGAGGUGAGCAAACAGAUUGGUCCACUUGACAACCUGCUCAAACAAGUGGAAAAGAUAAAUUCCACUAAUAAGAAGUUGACUGAAGGAAACAAGAAUGAUUUGGAGAAAGUCAACAAGAAGAUCUUUAACUUGAUGUGUCAAGUACCCUUGUUGCCCAACAAGAGUAAGAAAAACAAAGGAACGGAUUCAGAUGAUGGCAAUGGGAAUAAUCACGGGAAACCCAUUGUUUGCUUGCCAGGCAUCCAUGCAAAUGAAGAAGAUCUCAAAAGCCUUGCGGUUUUUAGAGAUGUGCAAGCCAAAUUUGAGCAACUUGAUAAUGAAAAGAGGAUCUACCUGCUGAGCUUUGCUGUGUUCCCCGAGAAUCAAGAGGUGAACCGAACGAUGCUCAUGUAUUGGUGGAUCGGGGAGGGCAUUCUGAAUUAUAAAGUCACACCACCCAAAAAGGGUAGCGUUCUGGCUGAUGAAGACAGACCCGAAAAUGUUGUGAAGAAGGUUCUUGAGGAAUUUGUGGAAAAGAAGUUGAUUGAACCUGUUAUAAACAAACGAAAAGUGGAGCCAAGCAGCUAUAAGAUGACCCCUUUUGUGCAUGCUUCACUGGUUCGAAUCUCAAUGGAGAUGAAACUUUUUAAUAUGUAUCACAAAGGGGAGAAGCCAACCAUGAACACAUCAGGACUGAACAAGGUCUGCCUUGUGGAAGCUUCAUCAAGUCAACCUGAAGCAAAAGCUAACAAAAUGAAAGACGCAGAAUUGAUUGAAACCAUCUUCAAUGUUUCUGAGAGGUUUCCAGACUUCACAUUCAAGUGGUUCUCUGAGGACCAAUCAUCAGCGAAGAAGAAGUUUGGUCCUUUAUCAAAAGUUACGUAUAAGACGCUCAAGGUGUUCUAUUUGGGAAGGUGGGAGAGAACCGCCAACCGCCACAUCGAGGUAGAGAAUCCCGAGCUUAUGAAAUACUUGAAGCAUAUGACUAGACUCAGGCUUCUGAGUUUUCAAGGGAUCUCAAGAAUUGAAAGACUUGACGAUGCUGUCUGUAAGCUUCGUGAUCUGAUUAUCUUGGACCUCAGGGCUUGCUACAAUCUUGAGAAACUUCCAGACAAGAUAGAUUCACUCAAGGCGCUUACCUACUUGGACAUUACAGAUUGCUACAUGAUAGAUCGCAUGCCCAAGAGGCUGUCGUGGCUUGAUAACUUGGAGGUUCUCAAGGGGUUUGUGGUCAGUGAUGCUACUGAUGAUGAGACGGUCUGCACGCUGGAUGAGCUGGAGCACUUGAAGAAUCUGAGAAAGCUAAGUAUUUCAAUAAACAAAGAUGUCACUGUAGCAAAACUCUUCGGGGAUAUUCAAAAUUUCAACAGUCUGGAAAAGUUGAAAGUGGCGUGGGGAGGUAUUAAUGACCACAAGGAAGAGGAAACUCAUAGCGCAGUAAAAAAAUUCUUUAGACAGGUAACAUUCCAAGAGCCGCCACCUACUAAGAAGGUUACAAAGAAGGAUACAGAGAAGGUUCCAGACCGCCUUCCCCUGAAGUUGAAGAAACUGGACCUGCAGUGUUUUCCAAAUCCGAAUCUUCCAACAUGGAUUCAACCCAAUAAGCUUGGUGAUCUGGAAAAACUCUACAUCAAAGGAGGAACCAAACUUACUGGUUUUGGAACGUCACCACCAGAGGAGGGCCAGGAGGCAACGUGCAACGUCAAGAUUUUACGCCUGAAAUUUCUUCCCAGGCUCAAAGUGGAGUGGAGAGACCUACAGCGGUACUUUCCAAAGCUGGAAUUCUUGGACAAGUAUCAGUGUCCUCAAGUUAGUUUCUGCCCCACCGAUGGCAUCGGAAUCUGGAGCAAGAAAAAAUAAGUCUAAGCAACUCUGAACUGAGAGUUCCUCAGCUUUCCCAAGUUUUCUUCCGCUGUGUCAUUCCUCUUUCUUGUUUUUGUUGUUAUUUUUGUUGUUGAGUGUUUGCUUCCUCAUUUCCCAUUGAUGUCUUGCUGGUAUGCUUUCAAGUGUUGUUGUUUGUGAACAUUUGAAUAAAGGAGUCCUGAGUGUUUGCUUUGCUUAUC